CACAAUCCAAGAACCAGCAACCGAAGAACACGAGUUACACACUACUGAUUUUUCAGUUAUCUCCCUGUAACAAUCAGUCGUGUCAGACCAGUGCCAGACCAGUGUCAGGCUACAACGGCGCACAACCACCAGGCAACAAUCAACAUUUUCGCCUUAACUGCAAAGCACAUCAUCGCCAUGGAUAAAUGUCCGGCAAACCGAGAUGCAGCACCGGCCGAUCUCCCCCUGCCGUCUGCGCUGCCGAACGGCGACAACUCCUCCCGAGCGGAGCGGGUGGGCGUGGUGAUCGUGGGCGGGGGCGUGGCAGGGCUGACGGCGGCGAAGACGUUGCUCGACAAAGGCGUGAAGGAUUUUGUGGUUCUGGAGGCUCAAGAUCGGCUGGGAGGGCGCGUCCACACGGUCAGACAAGGUCCAGUGCUGGUGGAGGCGGGGGCGGAGUGGAUCCACGGGGGGCGGAAGAACCCCUUGUACCGCCUCGCCUCCUCCCUGCACGCCGUCGGGAAGGAGGUUCCUGAAGAUGCCUUCGAGAGACGCGUGGUGACCCAGGACGGAGAGCCAUGUGACCCAACGCCGUGUGAAAGCGUGGUGACAACCCUUAUGGACGAAUGUGACAAUAACGGUAUACUGGCACCCUAUUAUAACACGGGGUAUGGGCAGUAUUACGUGGACAGAUUUCCCGAAGUGUACGGACCGGGACACGAUAGCAGUAAAGGCAGGGCUUGGCUACACCUUCUCGAACAGAUGGUGAAGGGCGAGGAGGGAAUCGACAGCUGGAUGGACAUCUCGGCGAAGGACGCGGAUGAAUACAUAGACCUCGGGGAAGACUACAACUGGGCCGACGGCUUCGAUACGCUUGUCAGCUAUCUUGAGGAAAGUAUUCCAGAGGGACACAUACGCUUAAAUUCCCCUGUAUCACGUAUCCUGUGGAACGAGAGUGAUGACGAAGUGGAAGUGAUGACGUGUGAUGAAGGAGAAGCGUCCUACAUCACCUCUGUCGUGUUGGUCACGGUCUCCCUCGGGGUUCUGAAGGAGCAGCACCAAAACAUCUUCAGGCCGAGGUUGCCAGAGCCGUUUACGAGGAACCUGCAGCUGGUAGACCUCGGUGUAGCCAACAAGAUCCAGGUGGGGUGGGCGGCCCCGUGGUGGGGAUCAGGCCCUCUCGAGCUCUUCAUUCUGUGGACGGCGUUGGAUCUGGAGAGGGAGAUGGACUGGCUCUACGGUAUUGUGGCUGUCGAGAGCGUCUACAACCAACCUUCAGUGCUAGAGAUGUUCAUAAUGGGAGAAAACUCUCGUAAGAUGGAGGAACUGCCUGAAGAUACUGUCAGAGAACAUGUGUUGUCCUUACUGAGAAGAGUGACCAGACAGGAUGUUCCCCGACCGACGUUUUUUAAUAGGACGACGUGGGGCAGCAACCCCUGGACUCGAGGCUCCUACUCCUCCUUCGUCACCGUGGGGGGAGCGAGGGCCGGGCUGCUGCGGCGGGAGGCGCUGGCGACGCCCAUUGCCAACGCCAACAGGAAAACGGUGCUGACGUGGGCAGGGGAACACACGCACAAUACUCGCUACGGCACUGUAGACGGAGCGAUGGCCACGGGCAAGAGGGAGGCUCAUCGGAUACUGAAUAUUCUAAAUGCUAAUUAGGGAUGUUACUGACUGGUUAGCUGAUAUGGAUGAUUAGCAUUGCUGUUGUUAUUAGUAGCAUCGUCUUCAUCUUUAUUGUUCAUCAUCUUUUUUAUCUUCAGGACAAUCACUCAUCACUAUCACUAUCAGUAGAAAGAUCAUGUUCACAGUCAUCUUCACACUAUCAUUAAUAUCAAAGUAUAUGAAUUUCUGAUGAUUAUAUUAGCACUAAUUUCUCUUUUAAAAACUUACUGUUCUUUUCUUUUUUGCUUCUUGUUAAUCUGAUUAAAAAUGUUAUAUUGAUAUGUCUCUUGGCAUUAUGUUUUAUGAGAAAUGGGAGCAUGUUUUACUUUUAGAAAUAUUUUUGAUAAAGUCAUUAAAGAAAGCAAAUCAAUUGAUUUUUUUUAUUUGGUAUAAUACAACCUGUCAUUUUGCUUUGUAAAUAAAGUAUGAACAACGAUGAACAGGAGGUAACAUGAAGAUGAUAUGAAAUGUAUUGCCCGAAAAAGAAGAAAGCACAGAUAUUCGAUGAAAAAAAUGUAUUGGCCUUAAAGUUGCAAUACGUUCAUAUGUGAUGAUAGUUAAACUAUAGACUCUAUUGAAAACCAUUCCUAUAUAUUCGCUAACUCCCAAAAUCCUAGCACCGAAGACACAUUUUGCUAUAAGGGCGGUUUAAGACUGGCAUUGGUAAGUGAGUCGCUCCAGGUCAAGCCAAGCCGGGUCGGGACGCUCGGAAGACCAGCCCCGCCUCCGCCGAGUACAGGCAUCUCCUCAGCCCGGCCUCGCCCCCAGCUCGGGCUUCCCGAGGACGCACCAGGCUCACCAAUGUUAAGAUGGGUUCUUUAAAUUGCCAAGAGGAUUCUAUGAAAACAGCUGCACUGAUAAUAAUGGGUAAUACAGAUGAUUGUGACAACAAUGAUAUCCCAAUUAGAUGAUAAUUAUAAUUUAGAUGGUAUAGAAAGGGUUAAUGGGGAUGAUACAUGUCAAAUAACGAAGAAAAAUAUACCCUAAUUACACUAAACUUCUGACACUUUUAUUCCUAUGAAAUGGUUUCAGAAAUAUUUACGAACUUACGAACUCUAAAUAGCAAAAAUGCAUUAUG